AUGGCUUUCGGAUGGCUGCUGUUUAUGGUCUGCAUAAGGAUGCAGAUGACGCAUGGUUCGCAAGGUUCGAAGGAGGUCCUGAAAGGGAUCAGCUAUGGGCCCUCCCCGCUCAAGGCGGCAGGCAGGCUUCCCAACGAUGAUUUCAUGUCGGACUCUGCCAAGGCGCAGUGGAGUUCAUCUGGACGUGGAGACCUGGCGAUCAUGAAGAAGCUGGGAGCCAACGCGGUACGGCUUUACGGCAACGACCCUCGCGAGGAUCAUAGGCCCUUCCUGGAUGAAGCACACGGCCAAGGUUUGCAGGUGAUUCCUGGCAUGAGUGACUAUCCAUACACUCAGAUGCCGGGGAACUGUAUGACGACGGAAUACAAUUGCUAUUCGCAGAUCAAAGAGCAAUACAGAAGCAAUCUGGAGAAUGGCUUCCUUAAAGAUGGCUCCUAUCAUCCCGCAUUGCAGACGAUUAUCGUUAUCAAUGAACCAGAUCUGAAGAUACCUGGAGAGUCGCAGCCAAAAAUGUUCAGCAGGGCGAUCAUCAGUGCCAUUGAUGGCAUGUUGGAUGCUGAGAAGGAGGCUGGUGCCAAAGGAAACCUGCCCAAUUUCACGGCCACCUUCUCCUUCGGUGUCUGUACCGCUUGUCCUGGAGCGAAGUCUAAGCCAUCACUUGGUCAAAUGCUGGAGCUACGACGAGCCAUGCAAAAGCCCGAGGAGUAUGGCUACAAACCGAAGAACGAUUUGGCCCAUGUUUACAAGUCGAGGUUCACCAACAGCUUCAACACCAACAACCCUGCCACGGACAUGAAGCCUCUCUUCCUUGAUGACUACGAGGCUCUCUUUCCAAGCACGCCGGUGUUCAUUGGCGAGUACCACGCACCGCACGUUCAAGCGGGCCAGGACUUGCAGAAGAUCAUGUCCAUCGCCGAGAACUCCAGCUUGGCAGGGGUGAGCUUCUUCGAGUUUCAGGUGCGCUACGACAAGGGUGGAUCUGAGAUGCAGUUCGGAAUGUUUGGCCUGGGCGUGCAGAAAAUUGCCAGCAUGGACUUUUUCGGCACGACGUUCCCUGUGUGGUGUCUAACUGAAGUGACCGACAAACAGACUGCGGGCGUUUCCGUAGUUGACGAGCUUGCAAAGGCUUUUGGAGGCCAAGGCAUCAAAGCGAACGACUUGUGCAUCAUUGAUCCGCAGAAGGUUCCUAUUUCAGAGGAUGGUUACCAGGCGGUGUUGUCUUUGAAAGAUGUCCAGAAAAUGGCUUCGUUCGUGAAGCGUGUGGUGGGGCACAUGGGAGGUACUGUGUCAAAUCAACAAGAGCUGCAAAGCUUUGCCCAGAGGUACACAGGUGCUGCAAGAGUUGCAGCGGUGCGUGCGCACCGUGCGCGAUCCUUGGUGGGAAACCUCAGCUUCGCCUCAAUGGCCUCGGACCUCGGUCAGCAUCCUUCUUGGAUCAAUUGGGAUGUGAUGGCCGCCUGUGUUGCUGAUCGGUCAUCGGAUAGUGGCAGCGUGGGCCAGGCAAUCAGCUACGCUUGCAGCAAGCUUCAAUCCUUCAACUGUUCCAACUUGCCAGCCACCUGUCAGGACAUCUGGUUGAAGGCAGACUAUGUGCUAAGUUUGUUUUACUUGCGCCAGGCAUCCGGCAACCUGCCGUUGCAAGAUUGCAACUUCGAUGGGGCCGCCAUGUUUGCCCCGGCAUCGACGUACCGAGGAGUCGCGGGGGAGCCCGGACAUCUCGAGAGAGAGGGAGGUUCUCAAGGCUUCCUGGCCGCCAUGAGCUUUUUGAGAGACUUCUUCCGCGUGUUGGAGCUGUCGGACGAUGAGCCGGAUGAACAUGAGCCUGAAAGGAAGAAGCGGCGCACCGGGCACAGUGCGGAAACUGUGGCGAGCAGUUCUGCAGACGUCCCAGUGCAUUUGGCGAAUGGUGGAGCUGGAGAUGGCACACAAGUCACGCAAGAAGACGACGUGCGCGCAGAGAGCCGACGUUUCGCAGACAGUGGUUCUGCAUGUGAACGCUUUCACCCUGCUUUGUACUUCAACAAGCUCAUGGACUGUCCAUACACUUGCAGCGCCUUGGAAGCAGGGAACAGAGGGCAGACGUUGUGUGAUGAUCUGACGUUGAAGGACAUCUUCGAAAAUCCCCCGCUGGGCAACGAGUUGGCCACACAUGUUGUGCUUGUCAAUUUCAUGAUCGAUCUUCCAUGGCUGUGUCAGCAAUGUCCAAGUCUCCUACGUGUUCCACGCUUGUCUGUUCUGUACGGGGAUGGAGGGGAAGCCUGCAGGCAAGUAGAGAAGCAACGGACGAGCAUGGGUUUGCUCACUUCGUUGCAUUCUCCAGCCUUGCCCUUGCAGUGGGGUACGCAUCACAGCAAGAUCGUACUUUUGCUGUACAAGAACUGCCUUAGAGUUUGCAUCCGCACCUUCAACGACAUCUUCGCGGACGUAUAUGACAAGUCCAACGCUAUGUUUAUACAAGAUUUUCCAGAGAUCCAGGACCGUGUUGGUUCCGACGAUGAAUUUGGACGUGACUUCCUACUAGAACUUGAGAAGUACUUCAAGGCAUGCGGAGGCUUUGACCCUGCAGCACUACAUGCGUAUGACUUCUCUACUGCAGCUGUCGCCAUUGUGUCCUCUGUGCCUGGUUACCAUACAUCAGGACAACUGCACGCAUGGGGUCAUCUGCGCUUGCGCAAGCUGCUGGGUCAGCAUUCUCAAGGGUCGCAGCGCUUGGGUCUAGAUGACGGUAUUAUUUGUCAGGCCAGCUCUUUUGGAGCACUGUCCAAGAAGUGGAUGGAGGAGUUCUGCGUGACUCUGUCGACAACAGCUACAGCUGACGGAAAGCUCCUCAAGCAUAAGCAACCCACAGUCACCUUCGUCGCUCCUACCGUCGGACAAGUUCGGGACAGCACGGAGGGAUGGGUGUCCAGCGCCUCCUUGUUCAUCAAGCGAGCAACUGUAUCUGCUUGGCCCGCACUUUGGCGACGCUGGGGGCCCAAGAGCCAGGGCAGAGACGUGCGAGAUUUGCGGUUGAAGCAUCGGGCCAUGGCAAUGCCCCAUUUGAAGACAUUGUGUCGAUAUGUCACUUUCGACGGCAACGAUGGAGACGCUGCCUUGAGUUGGCUUUAUGUUGGAUCGCACAACAUGAGCAAGUCAGCAUGGGGUGAAGUGCAGAAGGGCGGUUCACAAAUUUGUGUCCGCUCUUAUGAGAUGGGUGUCAUGUAUUUUCCAUCGCGUUUGUCGACUCUUAAGCAGGACAUGUCGAGAGGUGGUUUCUUUUUGCAGCCAGUCUGCCCAGAAGCCCACAUUGGAGCCGUGUUCGUGCCCGUUGCAUGGAGCUCUGCGCAAGCUGUGAUCUCCGGAAGAGGCAUGCGAGCAUUGCCGAUGGUGUUUCCCAUUGCCAUCCCACCUGCACCUCCACCUACUGCUGACGAUCCAACUUGGUCUCGGGACUUGGCCGCUGAAGCGUAUGCAGGGCUGGAUCGCUUUGGCACUCGCUUCGGAGAACGAGGCCCAGAGUUCUAUGGCCAUCGGGCAGUCGUGCAACGAGCAAAAGAAUCGGUAGGUAGGCAGUUGGUUCUGUAA